CUGUUACGUCAGAUUAGAGUGAACAGAGGUUGAUUCAACUUUGAUCUUAGCCAUGCAGCGGUGUUUUCGUUUAAAAUAUUUGAGUCUACUAUAAGAUAACAUCAAUUUUAUUUUAGCACCAAUUGAGCUUAUAAUGGUAUUAACAAAUAUUCUUUCGUGUUAAUUGAGACUCUUGGUAAAAUGGAAAUAAAACAACAAUCAGAUGUACACCUUAAAGCUAUGCUCAAUAACCCGAUCCCUUCAAAGUUUACUCCAGCUGUUCCUGUUCCUGACUGGAACAUUGCAUCACAAAAUCCCUCAACAUCUGCUAAUGCUGUAAACACUACGCAGGUACCUGUGAUAAAACCAAAUCCUUCUCUAAUUAAUGUAGCUAUUCAAGCCUCUGCUGUUGGCGAGCCCCAUACUAAUAUCACUCUACAAAAUUGUGUGUCUACAGUUGACUUGAAUACAACACUUGAUUUAGAAACAAUAAAUGCUAGAACAAGAAAUUCUGAGUACAAUCCUGCAAGGUUUCAUGGAGUGAUUAUGAGAUUAAGAGAGCCAAGAACUACAGCACUUAUUUUUAGAUCAGGAAAAAUUGUUUGUACAGGUGCUAGGCAUGAAUAUGAUGGAUUACUUGCUUCAAAAAAAUUUGCGAGGAUUAUACAAAAAUUGGGAUUUAAUAUAAAAUUUUCCAACUUCAAAGUACAAAACUUAGUAGCAACGUGUGAUUUACGGUUUCCGAUUAAAUUAGAAAAUUUAAACAUGAUGCAUGGUCAAUUCAGUAGUUAUGAACCAGAAUUAUUUCCUGGACUAGUGUACAGAAUGGUAAAACCACGAUUAGUACUCCUAAUUUACGUUAAUGGCAAAAUUGUUUUUACUGGUGCCAAAAACAGGGAAGAUAUUAAAGAAGCAUUACACAAUAUUUAUCCAAUAUUAAGAAGUUUCAGAAAAAAUUGAAUAAUGAAAUGAGUAGAAUGUAUUUUUUAAAAGUCUGAUUUAACUUUAAGUAUCUUUUUUACCAUAAAGACGCGCUUUUUUAUAAAAUGUAUUUAAUCCAUUAUUAUCGAUCAUUAUUUAACUUUUAAGUGAAUAUUUAUAAUGUUAAUAUACUAAAUAUUUCACCAAAUGUACAUAUUAUUACUUUUUAUUAAAUUCUGCUCCGUUUUUUUUUUGAAUAUAUUUUGUUGGAAAUAAUAAAA